GUACAGGGUCAGUGACUGCACGCCUUCCUCCUGUCAACAGCACUGUGUGUACGGUACUGAUCCACUCCACGCAGAUUCUAAGUGCAACUGAGCAGGAUUUUCAAUGGCGACAUCGUCGGCACAGAAGAACUAUGGUCUUCUCAUGCUGCUUUCGAUCCUGCCUCUGUCACUCACCAUAGAAGACGACCUUAUAGUAAACACUCGCAAUGGGAAAGUGCAAGGAGUGGAGGUUCCUGUGCUCGGUGGCGAUAUCCGAGCCUUCCUUGGAAUUCCAUAUGCAAAACCACCUCUUGGCAAACUGAGAUUCAGAGCUCCGGAGCCUGUUGGAAGAUGGGAGGGCAUCCUAGAAGCUAGGAACUAUGCAGAUUCUUGCUACCAGGUUCCUGAUACGUUCUACCCAGGUUUCAAGGGUUCAGAGAUGUGGAACCCAAACACUUAUCUGAGUGAGGACUGCCUAUAUUUAAAUGUCUGGACCCCCUUUUCCAAAAAUAGCCAGAGUCCACUGGCUCCUGUCCUUGUCUGGAUCUAUGGAGGUGGAUUCAUUUCAGGAACGUCAUCUCUGGACCUUUAUGAUGGCCGUUACUUGAGUAAAGUUGAAGGUGUUGUUGUGGUAUCAAUGAAUUACAGAUUAGGUCCUCUUGGUUUCUUGGCUUUGCCUGAUGACAACAUUCGGGGCAACGCAGGCCUCCUGGACCAACGUUUAGCCCUCCAGUGGGUAGCCAAUAAUAUCGCCGCUUUUGGGGGGAAUCCGUCACAGGUCACAAUUUUUGGGGAGAGUGCUGGCUCUGCGUCUGUUGGCUUCCACCUCCUCUCCCCAGGUAGUCAAGACCUCUUUCAAAGGGCUGUCAUGCAGAGUGGUGCCCCGAAUGCACCAUGGGCCUCAGUCAGCAAGACAGUUGCCUAUGAAAGGUCCACGAUGCUGGCAACGUUAUUGGGGUGUCCUACAACUUCGACAGCUCACCAGGUCAUCUGUUUACAGAAGAUUGAUCCUAACGUGAUAACCGAAAAACAAUUUGACGUUCUCACAAAGCCUACAAUAAUGCCGUUCACUUUCGUCCCUGUAGUGGACGGGUACUUCCUCCCUGAUGAAGUUGAAGUGUUGCUGCAAAGUAAUACACUUCCAAAGAAGGACGUGUUGUUUGGAUUAAACCGGGAUGAAGGCACAUACUUUUUAGUUUAUGGGAUGCCAGGAUUUAGCAACACUGGUGAGAGUCUCAUCACCAGGAAGGAGUUCAUGGAAGGAGUGCGGCUGGCAAUGGCGGACGUCGACGCUGUCGUAGAAGAAGGAGCAGUUUUUCACUACACCGAUUGGACGGAUGAGCAUAACAGGAUGAAAAGUCGUGACUCCCUGGGGAAUCUGGUUGGAGACAGAUUUUUUGUUUGUCCUUUAUUAGACUUUGCUCACAGGUACUCACAUCAGGGCGGUAAAAUGUUCCUAUAUUCCUUCGACCACCGGUCUUCCAGAAAUCCUUGGCCGGCAUGGAUGGGUAUUUUACAUGGUUAUGAGAUUGAGUUUGUGUUCGGAAUGCCGCUGGAUGUAACCUUGGGAUACACAAAGACUGAAGUGAACAUGACCAGGAAAUUUCUGAAACACUGGGCCAACUUCGCAAGGACGGGGAAUCCAGAAAUUGAUGGUGUCGCAUGGCCCUUGUUCACCUCUGAACACCAAGAGUAUGUCACGCUCAACUCCAACCUUCCAGAAAAAAGACGCAUGCUGAGAGCCAAAGAGUGUCACUUGUGGAAUAAAGUCAUGCCACGAAUACAGAAGCUUUCAGAUGAUCUACAGGCGUGUAUGACUGCAAAAGGCACAAACCUCCACUAUAGUUGCACAUUCCUCAUUAUUUCAUUGUUUGUCAUGUUAUUCUUUUUGUAAGUGGAGUCCAGCUUGAUUGUCAGAUGCUCAUAUACCAAACAGAGGGGAAGUACUCAUAUUACCCACUCUGUGCUGGUUAUGGACAAGAUGGCAGCCUGCUUCCUGAGCCUUGAGCAAGGAAGCCCACCCCCUCACAACUGACAACUCUACCUUGCCUGAAUGCCCACAUAAUCUAUUUGUGCAUGUGUGUGGACCGUGUUCAUGAGUAAUGCUUGCACCCCAAAAAAAAAAAAAAAAAAAAAAAAAGUCCACCAGAGCUAAUGGAUUUUCUCUUUAUGAGAUAUAUCAGUGCAGUACGGCUUCCCCUCAAUCACUCAAGUUUUACUUUACGUCCGUGUUUGGGUGGAGCAAUAUAAUAACAAAACUUAUACAAUACAAUACAAUUAAAUACAAUAAAAAUAACACUGAAAUACAAUAUUAUAUAUUGAGCAUUUUAAGCUAUGUUAGUCAUUGCAAUGCAAUGACGAUGCUUUCGAGUUUUUGCUGGUCCUCACAGUUCCCGUGUCAAAUUCUGAACGCAAAAUCAUCUCUCAUUAGAUUUAUAACUUUUUAGGUCUUAUCGUAAUUUGUGAUGAUUCCCCCCCCCCCCCCAUCUUAAAUGGCACCAAGAUGGCUGAGGCAGCUACGUCAAAAAAGGUAGGGAAACAUUUCCCGUCAGAGUAAUUUGGCAGGUGAUCAUCAAACCUUCAAGGAAUAAAUUUGCUAUAUGAUUAGAAGGAAAACUUCUGGAAUGAUACCAAUCAACUGACUUAAUUAACUCGGAGGGAACACUCACUGCUGAAUACAUCUUUUAAAAUGUAUUUUUGUUGUUGUUGUUUCUUCCGAAUUGGGGUGGUGAAAAUUAUGUUUGCAGUGAUUAAUUUGUGUGAGGAGUUGCAUGUUUUUCAGUAUGUCCGGUGUUUACAUUUUUGACCUGAAUGAUUCAUUCAUUCAAACACACUGCCCCUAACCAAGUCGUGUAAACAUAAUAAAAAAAUAAAUGGUAAGACCUGAAGGACAUGUUAAGUAACAAAGUAUAAAAUCUGGAUAUUUCUAUUUCUCCUAUGCGCAGCUUUGCUGUUUUAUAUUUAUGAGGUUUAUGAGAAUUUGAGGUUCUGAAUGCACUGAGGACAAAGCGCUCUGUCUUACUGUUUAUCAAACCAAAGUGUAUUUUCAAUUAUUCGUAACAUCAGGGAAUAUUUGUAUUUUUACUAAUGCAUGUAUUAUUAAUAUGUUGAUUAAUAAAGUAAUGGUAUCAGACAUAAAUAGUCUUAAUCCUUAUUAGUUAACAAUAAAAUGCUGGUUGAAAAGAACAUAUUCAUACAUCCACUCAUUUUCUUUGACACUUAUCCUCACGAGGGUCGUGAGAGGUGCUGGAGCCUAUCCCAGCUGUCAAUGGGGAGGAGGCGGGGUACACCCUGAACUCGUUGCCAGCCAAUCGCAGGGCACAUCGAGACAAACAACCGCACUUACAAUCACACCUAGGGGCAAUUUAGAAUGUCCAAUUAAUGUUGCAUGUUUUGGGGAUGUGGGAGGAAACAGGAGUGUCUGGAGAAAACCCACGCAGGCACGGGGAGAACAUGCAAACUCCACACAGGCGGGGCUGGGAUCGAACCGGGCCGGGUCCUCAGAACUGUGAGGCCAACACUUUACCAGCUGACCC